AUGUCGGCACAUCUAAAUGCUGCGCUUCGAGAAGGCGACAAUCCAGAACUCACAGAAGAAAGACGGAAGGCCACUUUUGACACGCGAAAACUAGCCGACGAAUUUUUCGGAUCCCAUCUAGUAAGCGAAUCAUAAAUUCAAAUGUGAGAAGUCCAUUAGGCUCGGCGGCGACGAGAAAUCGCCAAAGCCAUUGACGCCAUUCCUGAACUUCAUGACACCAAGCCAUUGCCGUUUAUGACUAGGGAGGAGAAGGUCGAAGAAGCUGCAAGAAAGGUUCCAUUCCAAACAAUCGAGAAACUAAUUACUUUUUCUUGAAUGAAUGUAUAUUUCCACGCAGAAGGUAUCACUUUGCAGGUUUUCACACUUUCUAAACACAUCACGGAUAUUGUAGAUUUGAGUAACAACAGGGAAACGCAAAGUUUGAAUGAGUCAGUUUUCAAAACUUUUUUUUGAAACGGUUAAUUAUUUAGAAUGGUUAUUGGAAUCGAAGGAAUGCCUAUUUCAUUACAUUUCGCCAUGUUUAUUCCGGCACUACAAGGACAAGCUGAUGAUGAGCAGAAACGGGAAUGGCUAGACCGAGCGAUUCGAAUGGAAAUCAUUGGAACUUACGCCCAAACGGAACUGGGACACGGUUAGUUUACUCUGAUUUCCGCCCUACGGUUGAAAAUUAAAAUAUAAAGAAUACAAAUGUAUUCUGCCAAAGCUUCCACCUUCCUGUUUCAUAUUCUUCAUUCAAAAAAAAAAAUACAGGUACCAACCUCAGAAUGUUGGAAACCACGGCGACGUACGACAAACAAAACAAAGAAUUCAUUCUGAACUCGCCAACGCUUACGUCUCUAAAAUGGUUGACUCAAAAAAGCACUCUAGGAAAAAAAAAUAUUCCAGGUGGCCAGGAAACAUGGGAAAAAGUUGUAACUACGCAAUCGUCGUGGCGAAUUUGAUCAUUGAUGACAAACUACUCGGUCCGCACAGUUUCAUGGUUCAGCUCCGUGAUGAAAACAGCCAUGAAACUAUGCCGAGUUAUCAGUUUUGGUAUAAAAAAUAGUGGAAAUACUUCUGCAGAUAUCCAAAUUGGUGACAUCGGGCCAAAGAUGGCGUACAACUCGUCGGAUAACGGAUUUCUCAAAUUGAGCAACUUGAGGAUCCCUAGAAGAAACAUGCUGAUGAAACACGCUAAGGUUCCUCCAUUGUUAUAAGAAUUCGCUUCCAAAUCUGAAUUCAAGGUGCAAGAAGACGGAACAUACAAAAAGCCGCCUCACGAAAAACUAGCUUAUUCAGCGAUGGUUCACGUGAGAUCGCACAUGAUAACUCAGCAUGCCAUGCUACUGGCCUAUGCUUUGUCAAUCAGCACAAGAUAUUCUUGCAUCCGGAGGCAGGGCUACAUUGAUCCUAAGUAUAGUUUUCUGAAGAAACCUGUUCUAAAAAACAAUUCAGAAAAGAUGAAGUGAAGGUGAUUGAGUACCAAACUCAACAACAUCGGCUAUUCCCACAUAUUGCUAGAGCCUACGCAUUUGCCUUCGCUGGAACGGAAUCGAUCAGAAAAUUCGAAAUAAUGAAAAGGAGUUUGGAAGCUGGAAAUGUAAGAGUUCCCAAAAAAUUGAAAAGUUUCUCUUGCAGAUUGAACUCAUUGCUGAUUUACACGCUCUCACUUCUGGAUUGAAAGCUGUAGUUACAUAUUUGGCUGGUCAGGGAAUCGAACAAGUUUUAAAGUAGAAAUCUCAAAUAUUCAUUUGAAUUUCAAAGGCUCGUCAAGCUUGUGGAGGUCAUGGAUAUUCUAUGGCUAGCUACAUGGGUGAAAUUUACGGAGUUGGGAUUGCCGGAUGCACAUAUGAAGGAGAAAAUCUUGUGAUGAUGCAACAACUUGGAAGGUGAUUACUAAUGAUUUUGAUCAAAGUUUUCAACUGCAAAAAAAAGGAGUGGACUGUAUAGAAAAUAAAACUUGCUGCCAGGAACGACUUUCCUGAAAAAAAUUUUUUUAUUCAAAUCUUCUCGAAAUUAAAGAAGAAAUUUAGAGAAAAUUCUACCAUAAGGCUCAUCCAACUCAUCCCUAAACCCAAAUGGCGCGGAACAAGUCUGCGCCUAAUUUCAGAAAAAGGUUAAGUUGGGCGUUUUCAAGUCUUUGAGCUUUUCUCUUUCUUGGAAACUCGAUAUCGCACAGGUUUUAUAGCUUAGGAUAUUUAUCAGGACCACCAAAAAAAAUUUUGUUCAAUUUUUUUAAAAAAUACUGAUCGCAGUGCAUGACCUUGUAGAGUCACAAUGAAAAAAAAACUAAACCGCUUCCACAGGUACCUCAUCAAAGCAGUGAAGUCAGUAAAAGAAGGAAAAAAGCCCACUGGCUAUGUUGCCUAUCUAGCGCACGCCGGUCAGCGUCAUUCGCUCAUCGACUGUCGGCCCAAUGAAGGUCCGAUAUUUGCACCUGAAGCUUGACUGAUUGUGGGAACUCAGGUUAUGCGGAGCACAUCAGAGCCUUCGAACACAUCGCGCGGCGACAAACAUUCAGAGCCGCGGAGCGUCUUCAGAAGUAUGAGAAUUCGGGGCUUUCCACAGAGCAGGCCUGGAACAAUUGUACCGUCGAACUGAACAGAGUUCGUUUCUAGCUUUCUCUAUCAUUCUAAUAAGACUUUUCAGGCCAGUCGACUUCACACCCGCCUAUUCAUCGCCUGCAACUUUUAUGAAAGAGUACUCGAUGUAGAGGAUAUGGCGGUACGAGAAGUGCUCGAAGAUCUUCUACAUCUUCAUUUGAACUACGAGCUCAUUGACAUUGCCUCUUACGCCCUUGAAGCAAGUUUCUUGAAAAAGAAGAAAACAGGCAAAAUUUCAGGAUGGUUAUUUGAAUGGCCGACAACUUGACUAUUUGAGAUCUGAAAUGUAUCGAUUGUUAGAGAAAAUCCGUCCAAACGCAGUUUCUCUUGUGGAUUCGUGGGAAAUCACUGAUCGAGAACACCGUUCAGUCCUUGGAAGACGUGAUGGCCACGUCUACGAAAAUUUGUUCAAAUGGGCCAAAUCAAGCGAUCUCAACCAAAAUGACGUGAGCGUUGACAAGAAUCGUCUUUCACUCGAUGUAAUCAAAAACACGAAUAUUUGACCCUUUGGAUUGAGUCGAUUCUUUGAGAAAACUCAAAUUUUUAGGUUCUUCCGUCUCACAAAAAACACUUGCUGCCUAUGAUGCUCAACGCGCGAAAGCAAAGCAAACUUUGA